AUGAUACGCGACACGAGGAUGUCGGUGUGGGAAGACAACCGGGAAAACGACGGCGGCAUUGGCAGCAGUAGCAGCACACGACAAGAUGACGCUGAAAGAGCCGAGGAAGAGGAAGAUGAAAAAAAUGGGCGGCCACGGACACCAUCGUCGCGCGUCAUGGUUUCUAUUCCACGCGAAUUGUCACACACACCUGCCAUUGCCGGAUUGUCCCCUACGGCCAGGACGCCGUUGAUUCAGCAGUGUCAUUUGCAUCGCGGUAACUACUACAAAACUGACAACAACGAUGGGUAUCACCAACCACCGUUGGAGCAAAUGACUGUCUCAUUCGAGGAAGAUGGCCUGCAGCUCACAACGACAAGUCUGUUAGGUAAAGGAGGCUUUGGUCGUGUGUAUGUGGCGCGGUCAAAUGGUGGUGAGUUAUAUGCGUUAAAGGCAUCUGCAAAGAAAAUGUCCACGGCUGACUGGUCCCGUCUUCAUAAGGAGGUGGAACUAAUGAGUCACUUCUCACGGCACCCCAACGUAGUGAAGUUCAUCGCCGCUGGGCGUGACGAGGAACGUGCGUAUGUAGUGAUGGAGUGUUGUGCCAGCCGCUCGCUCCAUGAUGUUAUCGCCAAUCACGGAAUGGAUGUGCCGGAGAUUCUCUGGGUGGGGUGGGCGCUUGUUGACACCAUUGCUUUUAUGCACUCUAAGGGUUGUAUCCACCGUGACCUCAAGCCACAAAACCUUCUUUUUGACUUUGAUGGGAAUCUGAAAAUUACAGACUUCGGUCUCUCCAGUCGGGUUGCGGAGGCACAACCACGCAAGACGGUUGCGGGUACCGCCAUGUACAUGGCACCAGAGAUAGCCGAGGCCGUUUACAAGCGCAUGAGUAACUCAACAGAUCAGCAGCCGCUUCAGUACGGCCAAGAAGUGGAUACGUGGAGCAUUGGUGUCGUGCUCUACGUCAUGCUGACUCGCAUGAACCCAUACGUGGAGGCAAUGGAAAAGCGAGGAACACGUGACAUGGACAAAAUGCAAAAAACCCUAAGCCUCUUUAACGCGGUAGCGGAUGCUGCAUGGAGUUGGCCGACGGGGUGGUCAGGCGAUCCGGAGCUUUGCGAUAUUGUGAACCGGGCACUUCAUCAGGAUGCCAGAAAGCGGGCCACACUGCAGGAGUUGUUGCAGCACCCCGUGUGGAAUCGACGUCCACUCUCUUGUCCACUUUCUCUCCUGCACAAGUUGCACCUCUUGGAACGUCCUGCCUCUUCUGCCUCCCGCCACGCCUUGACGCGUCGUUCAUUGAGUCGUGUAGCAGAAAAUCUUCCAAUUCCAGCUGCAAAGAAGACGGCAGAUGAUGUGCUUGUAGAUGGAAUGCGGCGCGUACUCUUGACGGAACAACGGGCCCGCGCAAAUCUGGUGUUGGAGCACCAUGAAACGUUACGUCUUCUUGUGGAAUUGUUGAAGCUUUCACGUGGGGAGGUGGAUGUGAGACGAAGCAUCGAGGAAGAUGAAAAACGGCACCGCAUUGUGCUGCAAAAUCAAAUUGUAACGCGUCAGAAUAGACGUAGGGGAAGUGAGGCACUCGUAUUGUCAUCCUCUGUGGCAGCCCUCGCGGCGGAAACGGGGUCGGUGGCGCGUGCCUCACGCGUGCAUAGACAGUCGAGUGUCAUGUUGGUGGCGCAUGAGGAUCCACCAGGGGAGGAAGCGGGACGAAUUGUUCGGGCCUCUCCGGACAAGUAUGCCAUGGUGUAUCCAGGACGAGACACUGCCACACGGUGGUCAUUGCGUCCCGUGAUUUCGCUUCCCCGUGAACUAAACAGUGAGAUAGAAGAGUUCAAAUGCCUGAACAAUCACAUUAUGACAAAAUUGACAGUCAUGCCUCAUGGAUACAAUGGAUUUGAUUGUAAUGUGUGUGAUCGAGAGAUUCUUAAGAUCACCCCUGAAACCCCCGCCUUCCGUUGCCAUAAAUGUGACUAUGAUCUUUGUAUGCGGUGCGCUUAUCAAGGGCGCCUCAAGGACGUGAAUUUUGUUUGUGUGUCAUGCACCAAAAAGUUUACGUCCUCUGCAAAGUUGCAGGCACAUUCGCUACAGUGCCGUGGUCCUAGCUGGAGUCCAUCCCCGCGCCGUUCCUCACGUAUGAACACGAUGCUAUGGGAAAAGAUGGAAUCACACCGUGGCAGUCUACUGGAGGUGCGACUCCCUGGUGACCCCAAGCCCCGGCCCAGCGGACGUCAGUCUGGGCGCAGUUCAACAGGACGAGCCUCAUCUGGUGGACGCAUUAGCAUAGGCGACAGUCAUGUCGCUUCUCCAGAGGAUGUGAGGGUAAUGGUGGUGCCGCACCGUAAUGCAUCCUUCCCAGAUAUGCCCGAUUUGACCUCCACACAACAAACAGGGGGUGGUGGUCGGCGAAGAUCCACCUCAUUAAAAGGAGAGGGGCGUGCGAGUACCAACGGCAGUUUUUCCUUUGAGCUUCCACCUGAGAUUCGUCUGUCAAAGCAUACGAAAAGGGAGAGAGUUGAACCACGAAGCUCCGCAGAGAUGCAGGAAAUAGUAGACGUGGAUUCCCCUCCACUGAAAAAAAAGGAACGGACAGAGGUGCAAGUAGGGGUGUCGAGCGGGGAGGAAGCUAGUGUAUCUUCCUACAAGGUGAACGACAAGGGAGAUAUUAUUGGUAUAGCUGCUCAGCAUCGAGCUGCAAGAGAAUCAAGUCUUCAACAGCAGCAACAACAACAACAACAAGGCCAAGGCGUUAUUGUUAUUCGAGCUGAUACGGCUUCCAAACCACCAGAGAUGUCUAGCCAGCCUCGAGUCCCGCGUAGUGCCUCGUCCAGUCGUUCUGCGGGGGUGAUGCUUUCGGUAGCCACGAAAGUGGCUUCAAAAACAUUUGAACCUCCCUUGGCGCAAGUGACACGAGCAGCCACAUCUGUUACCAUCGCCACCACUUCUACUACCACUGGCUAUGAUGUCGCUCAAGUGUCAAAAAUGCCACAAAAGGUACGUCAACCCUCUGCCGGUAGUAUGAUGGCAAUGCAUGGUGGGCCUCCGCUGCCACGUAGGGGGCCUGGUAUGCCACAAAACACACUAUACCCGGUGACGAAAGCCGUUCCACCACCAAACCUUCCUGUACCACGUCAACCGUCCCACCCGUUGGUGCAAUUUGGGAGUGAAACACACCAAUUUAGUGGUGGUCAUCUUCCUCCUAGUGGAAGCAAUGCGUUUUUGGCACUUCCCCGUGAAGAACAGAAUAGACAGCGAUUUGUAGACGACUUUCUUAGUGGUGGGUGGGUUCGUUUCUACUCCUUCACCAACGAGGAGACGGUAGUGAUGUAUUACUGCGCACAGCCCGGUAGGUAUGGUGCUAUGUUUCCAACAGAAGCUGGUGUUGGCACGGCGGUGGUAGACGUUCACUCGAGACUGGUGCUGUAUGUACCAUGCAUGAACAAUGAGAGUACGAACCGCAGUCAACCACAUCCGCAUGUGCAAACUUUUUACGACGAGGAUGUGCGACUACUCGGCGUCACCGAGGCGCAGCGAUAUCUGGGCAGUGUAUUAGAAAGCAUUAUGGGUUUCGUGAAUGAGGUUGCACGACUUCGCGCGGAGGGAUUGACACCGGCAGCUGUUCACGCAGCGUAUAUUCAUCAACGUGAUAAAAGUGCUGUGCCGAAGGACACAAAGUUUGUCUAUGUGCGAAAAGUGUUUCCAGACCCUUCUGGAUCCUUUACCCUCUUUCGUCUCUCCAACCUCCGCUCACAGGUGGUGUGCAACGCACUCAUGGACAUUCGCUGGCAAAGCGAUAGAAGACACAACGUUGGACAAAAGUAUUACGUUCUCGCAGAUGGCACGGCAGAACCGUUCGUCGUGGAUCACACAGGCAUUCUCACGCAAGUCGAGACUGUGCUCAGCAACAACUUCCGCCGGUGA